UUGCCUGGCUUCGUGCAAGACCGGAUAAAGGCGUUCCUCGCUGUUCCUAUUAUUCUUCGGUCGCUAUUUCUAUUCGGUAGUUUGUUGUGGAAUUGAUUUAGGUGGUGCAGUUGUGUGAGUGGUUCCGCUUUCCAUAUAUCGAUAAAAAUAGUGCUUUUCGAGUACCGGCUUUGUGUUUUGUGGUGCACGGACUCGCAUAUUUGCUGGUGCCGUUUAUGAACUCUGAGGUCGCCUAGGCCUGAACGCGCGCGCAUCAUGUAUCCAGCCACCCCAAUAACCUUUUUGUUCUUUGUCGGCGUGGUGUUCGCCGCCGACGACACGUCCGGUCCUGUAUUUGUGCGCGAGCCGCCCAAUCGAGUCGAUUUCUCCAAUACGACGGGGGCAGUAGUGGAGUGUAGUGCCAGGGGUAACCCCCCACCCGACAUAAUCUGGGUUCGGUCCGAUGGUACUGCCGUAGGUGACGUCCCUGGGUUAAGACAAGUGCUGGCCAAUGGCAACCUGGUCUUUCCCCCCUUCAGGGCCGAGGAUUACCGUCAGGAAGUGCAUGCACAGGUUUAUUCAUGUUUGGCAAGGAAUUCCGUUGGAUCUAUCAAUUCUAGAGAUGUCAACGUUAGGGCAGUUGUAUCACAGUACUAUGUGACGGAAGCCGAAAACGAAUACGUCAUACGUGGCAACUCUGCAGUCAUGAAAUGCAAGAUACCGAGUUUUGUGGCAGAUUUUGUCCUUAUCGAUUCUUGGAUCGCUGAUGACGGCAGAGUCCAUAAGUACAAUGAUGACAGCGAUUACGACAGCAAAUACUUGGUCCUCCCUUCUGGAGAACUCCACAUCAAAGACGUAGGACCAGAAGAUGGUUACAAAUCAUACCAAUGCCGUACCAGACACAGAUUGACAGGAGAAACUAGACUGAGCGCUACCAAAGGAAGAUUGGUCAUCACAGAACCAACUGGUAAACUUCCUCCCAAAGUACCAGGCCAAAAAUACGAAGGAGGAAGGAUAUACUUCACCCAACAUCUAUCACCAGUUAUUUUUACUUGUGAUGUUGUAGGAUUUCCUGUGCCCAUUUAUAGGUGGUACAAAUUCGUGGACGGUACAACCAGGAAACAACCAGUUACUCUGAACGACCGUGUCAAACAAGUAGCGGGGACUUUGAUCAUCAGAGAGGCUAAAGUAGAGGAUUCUGGAAAGUACCUUUGCGUGGUGAAUAAUUCCGUUGGAGGUGAAAGCGUGGAGACUGUAUUGACCGUGACUGCACCCUUAAAAGCGAGCAUCGAACCAAAAGUACAAACCAUAGACUUCGGCAGACCAGCUGUUUUCACUUGCAACUUCGAAGGCAAUCCAAUCAAGACAAUCAGAUGGCUGAAGGACGGUCAUCCAAUGGACCACCAGGAAGCAGUACUCAGGAUCGAAGCCGUGAGAAAGGAGGACAAAGGGAUGUAUCAGUGCUUCAUACGAAACGACCAGGAGAGCGCAGAAGCGACCGCCGAGCUCAAACUAGGAGGCAGAUUCGAACCACCCCAAAUACGCCAGACCUUCAACGAAGAAACCGUCCAGCCUGGAAACUCCGUGAUCCUCAAGUGCAUAGCUUCCGGCAUACCAUCGCCCGAAAUGACCUGGGAACUGUACGGUAGGAAGUUGUCGAACAGCGAAAGGUACCAGAUAGGCCAGUACGUAGCUGUCAAUGGCGACGUUGUAUCCAAUUUGAACAUAACCUCAAUCAACACGAACGACGGUGGACUCUAUAGGUGUGUCGCGAGCAGUAAGGUGGGAUCGGCCGAUCACUCAGCUAGAAUCAACGUUUAUGGACUUCCCUUCGUUAGGUCGAUGGAGAAACAGGCUAUUGUUGCUGGAGGAACACUGAUCGUGCACUGUCCUUUCGCUGGUCACCCUGUAGAGUCUGUGGUAUGGGAAAGAGACUCAAGAGUUCUGCCGAUCAACAGGAAACAGAAGGUCUUCAAAAACGGAACACUCAUAAUCGAAAACGUCGAACGUUCUUCAGAUCAAGCAACCUACGUUUGCGUCGCCAAAAACGCCCAAGGAUAUAGCGCUAGAGGAUCAUUGGAAGUACAAGUAAUGGUUCUGCCCCACAUUGUACCUUUCACCUUUGGCGAGAAUCCUGUACACUCCGGCCAAACCACCCAAGUAACGUGUUUAGUGUCGGAAGGCGAUCUACCACUGAACGUAACUUGGAGUUUCCAAGGAAGAAGUAUUGAUUCGCUCUCUGGGGUUAGUACCACGAAAAUUGGGCGAAAAGCGUCUCUUCUUCUGAUCGAUUCGGUUGUUGAAACUCACCGAGGGCAAUACACGUGUACCGCUAUGAAUAGAGCUGGCUAUGCUAACUAUACCACUUCAUUAGAUGUCUAUGUGCCACCAAGAUGGAUUUUAGAACCAACAGAUAAAGCUUUUGCUCAAGGUUCUGACGCUGCUGUUGAAUGCAAAGCUGAUGGUUUUCCAAAACCAGUCGUCACGUGGAAGAGGGCUACAGGUGUUUCCCCUGGAGAUUAUAAAGAUUUCAAACCAAACAAUCCCGAUAUUAAAGUUGAAGAUGGUACUUUAACAAUCAAUAAUAUACAAAAGAAUAACGAAGGAUACUAUCUGUGCGAGGCUUUCAACGGUAUAGGAUCAGGUUUAUCAGCCGUAAUUUUGAUCAGUGUACAAGCUCCUCCCCAAUUCGAAAUAAAAUCCCGCAACCAGACUUCAAGAAGAGGCGACGCCGCUGUUCUACAAUGCGAGGCUAAGGGCGAAAAACCAAUCGGCAUCUUGUGGAACAUCAACAACAAACGCCUGGAUCCCAAGGGAGACAACAGAUACACCAUCAGAGAAGAGAUCCUGACGAACGGCGUACUAUCAGAUCUCAGCAUCAAGAGGACCGAAAGGACAGAUUCCGCCCUUUUCACUUGCGUGGCCACAAACGCCUUCGGCAGCGACGACACCAGUAUCAACAUGAUCAUUCAAGAGGUUCCCGAAGUGCCCUACGCCCUUAAAGUUUUGGAUAAAUCGGGAAGAAGUGUCCAGUUGUCUUGGGUCGCUCCUUACGAUGGAAAUUCCCCAAUCAACAGGUACAUAAUCGAAUACAAACCGAGCAAACUUCCAUGGGAUUCCAACACAGAAAGAGUGCUCAUUCCCGGUCACCAAACAGAAGCAGGAGUGUUCACCCUCAAACCGGCCACAACUUAUCACAUUCGCAUCCUCGCAGAGAACGAUAUAGGCUCAAGCGAACCAUCAGACGUUGUCACAAUCAUAACCGCUGAAGAAGUACCAAGCGGACCACCAACCAACAUCAAGAUCGAUAGCAGCGACCAACAUUCACUGGUUGUGUCCUGGAACCCACCUCUGCGUGACGAGUGGAACGGCGACAUCUUGGGAUACUACGUGGGUUAUCGUCUAGCAAGCUCAGAAAAACCCUACAUUUUCGAGACUGUUGAAUUCACCAGAGAAGAAGGAAAAGAACAUCAUCUCAAGAUCUCGAAUCUCAAAACAUACACUCAGUACUCAGUGGUUGUCCAAGCAUUCAACAAGAUAGGAGCAGGUCCUCUGUCCGACGACGUUAAAGCUUAUACUGCUGAAGGUGUACCAGAACAACCCCCAGACAAGGUUACAUGCACCACUCUCACCUCUCAAACCAUCCGCGUUUCUUGGGUUUCACCACCAUUAACAUCUGCCAACGGCGUUAUCAAAGGUUACAAAGUCAUCUAUGGCCCAUCUGAUUCUUGGUUUGAUGAAAACACCAAAGAUGCCAAAAUUACUGCUUCGAGCGAAACCAUCCUUCACGUCCUCAAGAAAUACACGAACUACACCAUGGAAGUAUUAGCCUACACCUCUGGAGGGGAUGGAGUAAGAUCAACGCCAGUUCACUGUCAAACAGAGCAAGAUGUUCCUGAAGCACCUAUCGCCGUGAAAGCGUUGGUUAUGUCCGAUGAUUCAAUCCUCGUCAGCUGGAAACCACCAACGGAACCAAAUGGCAUCAUUGAAUACUACACAGUCUACUACAAACAAGUUGGAACAGACGACAAAGACAAGCCUAAAUCCCAAAAAAUAGUCCCUAACCUCAAAAACCAAAAUCUGAGUUUCCAAGCUAAGAACUUGGACAGCAACUUCAAAUACGAAUUCUGGGUUACUGCGGCUACAACCAUGGGCGAAGGUCAACCCUCCAAGAAAGCAACGGUAUCGCCAAAUUCAAGUGUUCCCGCUAAAAUCGCCUCCUUCGAUGAUACGUUCACAACAACAUACAAGGAAGACGUUACACUUCCCUGCCUGGCAGUUGGUGUACCUGCUCCAACCAUAACAUGGAAAAUUAAGGGUGUUCAAUUCGGCGCAAAUGACCAUAUCAGGAAACAACCAGAUGGUUCAUUGUUCAUCAGAGAUGUAUCCAGGACAGAUGCUGGCGAAUACUCCUGCCAUGUUGAAAAUGAUUUUGGACAAGAUACGGUGACACACCAACUUAUUGUGAACGCUCCUCCUUACGCUCCUCAAAUUACCCUCACUGCAACCACAACAAGCUCCUUGACAAUAAAAAUGAGACCUCAUGACAGCGAUGUCGAACCAAUCCAUGGUUAUACCAUCCACUACAAACCAGAAUUUGGCGAUUGGGAAACAAUUCAAGUUGGACCAAAUGUUGAAAAGUACACUUUAGAGAAUCUUCUUUGCGGCACAAGAUAUCAGUUGUAUGUCACUGCUUACAAUAGCAUUGGAACUGGAGAUCCGUCAGACACUAUGAACCCAAGGACAAGAGGAGAUAAACCAAUAAUUCCUUCUGCAGACAAAUUCAUUGAUGAACUCUCUGACAGUAUCACCCUACAUCUUAACUCUUGGCUCGAUGGAGGAUGCCCUAUGUUAUAUUUUGUUAUUGAACAUAAGAAGAAAAUCAGCAACGAAUGGAUUCAAGUAUCCAACAAUGUCAAACCAGGUGGACCAAACUUCGUUCUUCUUGGAUUAGAGCCUGCUACAUGGUAUCACUUGAGAGUGACUGCGCACAACAACGCUGGAUUCAAUGUUGCCGAAUAUGAGUUUGCUACAUUGACGCUUACUGGAGGUACUAUUGCCCCGGCACGUGAAAUUCCCAAAGAAGAUACAUUACAAAACAUCCUGGCCAACCUUAACCUAGUAGUUCCUAUAGCGAUGGGCGUAUUCUUUAUCAUUGUUGCCAUUAUCCUACUUUGUGUGUUGAAAGGGAAAGGAAACUAUCACAAAGACGACGUUGUCUACAACCAAUCUGUAAUGAAUGCUGCUUCUACGUUGGAUAAACGCCGUCCCGAUUUGAGGGAUGAAUUGGGGUACAUUGCACCCCCUAACCGUAAACUACCCCCAGUUCCAGGCUCUAAUUACAACACCUGCGACAGGAUUAAGCGAGGUACCGGAAUAAGAGGUCAUUAUCGCACACAUUCAACCUGGGAUCCUAGACGCCAUAUGUACGAAGAACUGAGGACUCACAGAGGUUCAAAUGAAACUGUUCACACACACAGAGGUUUGGAUGAUGAGAUCUGCCCCUACGCUACUUUCCACCUACUCGGCUUCAGAGAAGAAAUGGAUCCUACGAAAGCCAUGCAGUUCCAAACCUUCCCCCAUCCCCACGCCGGCACCCUUGGACCCUCUGGUAUGAACACACCCCAUCAGAUGCAUUCCCGAUCAGGCUCUCAAUCGAUGCCUAGACAAAACAGGAGAUACGACAGAGUUGGAUCUCAAGGUAACGGAAGCAUCUACUCUCCUGGUCCAGAAUAUGACGACCCAGCCAACUGCGCACCGGAAGAUGAACAGUACGGAUCUCAGUACUAUGGCGCCCCCUACGAUCAUUACGGAAGCAGGAGCUCGAUCGGACGCAGAUCACUUGGAUCCCUGAGGCUCCAACCCACCCAGAGCAGUCCAGAACCCCCACCACCACCACCACGCAACCACGAUCAAUCUUUCAACGACUCCAAAGAUAGCAACGAGAUAUCCGAGGCAGAAUGCGAUCGCGAUCAGUUGAUCAAUUCGAGGACCUAUGGCGAAAGUGACCAGGUAUUAAGAGGUAACUCAAAGGUGGAUGGCAUGACCCACGAAGAAAUGAGAAAACUGAUUGAGAGGAAACUAAACGAAACAGGGAAAACCUCAACAACAAACGGUGGACAAUUCACAGCCUACGAUACUGUGGCAGUGUAAUUUGUAAAUCUAACAAAAUCAAUUUGUUCGUCGAUGAUUUUAUACUUAUGUUUCACAGCUCGUUUACAUAUGUUCCGAUUACUCUUCUGCUUUAAUUUGAGUGGUAUUGUUCGGUAACAUAUCCCAGCAUUUUUAUGAAUCUUUGAGACUGAACUUUUCGGAUUUAAUCCUUCCCCCUUCUUUUGGUAGCACAAAUUCGAUUCUAUUUGAAUAUGUAUCGGAUAUUUUAUCGAAUAAUUUCCUCGAAAAUUUAAAUGUGACACAGUAUUUUUUAUUCGUUGAUUUGAAGAUUUUGAUGGGCCUUUUUCAUACGCGACACAAAAACAGAAACUGAGAAUUUAUCAUUUUAUUGGAAUAUUUUACUAGUAACGGGAUGAAACGAAUUGAAAUUGUCGCCAAUGGAAGAAGGUCUUACGACUUUGACUAAUUUGAUGAUUUUAUCCUCAAAAUUUUUGAGACGUUCGAUUGAUAAAUGUUUUGAUUUCAAAUUUUGGCUGUACGAGCCGCUCUUAUGAAAGCGUACACAAAUUUCCAAAACGGAAUUUGGAAAUUAUUUAUUUAUGUACAGCGGCUCAAUGUAUCAUGUGAUAUUUUGAGGUUUGUGACUUUUUUCACCUCUUGUAUCCCUUCGUUUUUUUUUAUAUUGAUCUUUUUCUGUAGUCUACAGUCGGUGCCAAAAUUAGGAGUGUUUCGUUUCCAGUUUUCCUGUUCGUUCUAUCCAACUGUAGGCGUGGUUUUUUUUGUACAGUUAGCUGUUUUAGUUGUGUUUUGCUUCAUUGAAGGUUGUUUUUUUUUAUUGAAAAUUUAAUAAAGGGUUGGCGGAAUUGCAUUGGACAGUUUUGAGGAUGUUGCUUGGUUGUCAGCACAACAAUGAAGGUGCCAUUUAAUUUCGACGUUGUUCGAAUUACUGCAAGUUUUGUUUGAUAACAAAGAGCUCAGUACUUUGUAGUGGGACAUUGGCAUCUCGUAAUUUAUCAAAGAUUGAAUUCCUCGUCGAGGAAUUUGAAGAAAAGAUAAUAUUUGUAUUUCGAAUAGAAAUCUACUGCCCUACGAAAACAUAUCUUUUUGGAAGGUGCGAAUUUUCUUUAUACUCUGUACUCGGCUCUCUGCCGCUUUGUCUGCUGAGUUCAACCAAUCUGCUGAAUGCUUCUUAUCGGCUUCUUCACUGCUUGUACACGUAGUAAUUCGAAAAGCGGCGAAAUUGUAAAGUAAAAUUAUAAACGAAAUUGUAUAGUUGUUCAAAGCGGCUAGGAUAAUAUUAAUAAAUGUAUGAAACCUAUAAUAUCUAUAGAUAUCUUUAAUGUAAACGAUUUGACUAUAUUAACAAAAUCUGUAACAUGGUUAAACAAUGCAGAAUUUAAAGUCAAUCCUUAAAUACUCAACAGACGUGAAGCUUGAAAUUAUUCUUUAGUGUUAAAUAUCUGUAGUGAAUAAUAGAUGUACUUUUAUCCUAACUUUUACCAAAAGUGGCAUUUUAGACGUUACCUUCCAAAUUAUCUCCUUCGAUUUUCCAGUGAUGCUCUCACUAUAUCUUUCACAACAUGCAGUUGAUUGAGUUCCUAAAGUAGUUAACAAUCCGAUAUAGUAUGUUGAUUAGCAGCUUAGAUAUAUUAUUCGUUGGCUAAACGAGUUGUGUAUACGGAAUUGCAAUUAUUUUUUGGGUAUUUCCUUUGUCCGCGGGCGAUUUCUUUUUACCAUUUACGGCAGUCCUUUUUUUUUAUAUAUUUAACACCUGCACUUUGAGUAAUAUAGCAACAGGUUCCCUACGAAUUCGUUGGAAUCAAGCAACGCAAAAUUUUAAUCCUUGAAACAUUGAUGGAACAGUUAUAUUUGAGGAAAAUGUUUCUAUAUUGACAUCAAUUCCCUAUAGAAUCGUAUCAAAAUCUUACUGGUUCAAAAACGGUUUUUUAAUUUUGUGAUGAUGGUUUGAAAUGCCAUUAUAGGUGUAUUAUUAUAAGUGUGCUACUUGAAAUAUAUAUCCAAUAGAUAUUAAGUAUAUGAUAUUCUUGAAUUAUAUCUUAUUGUAUUAAAAUAAUCGCCAUGUGCAUAAUAUCUUUCACAUCCCUAACGUCUUUUGUAAUUAAGUUUCGAUAUGUAUUUAAUAUAUAUUCUUCUUUGGAAAAUAUGUGUAAUUGUUUGAACUUAUCGACUUGAAUUGUAUUAAUAAGGAUUUCGCUUAUAUACCAAAGUAAUUUUUUUGGUUGAUGAAUAAAAGUCAAACAAAUUGUA